AGCUUCUUGACUUAUCCUGGUGGAAGUAUCCGCGGCACACAACGCGUGUGGUUGAGUUAAAUUUUUUAGGGGAUUUAGAUUCCUGGGGCUGAGAGCGUUCUCGCUUAAAUAUUUGUAAUAUUACAACAUGUCAUCCGGUAAUAAACCAUGUGAAAACAGUAUAUAAUCUACUACCGGCAGUGUUGCCUACAGUGCCCAGAAUACUCUCUAGUGUCGUGAAAGCGAACUAUCUAUUCUAUUUAUCCUAUCUCUUCUGCUCCAUACUCAGGAGUUUGACCAGCAAUACCAACAUAUUCUCCGAUAAUGAAUUCUACCUAUGCGGUGUCCAGUAUCCUGCCACCUGAAGCUAUACUAGAGAGACUUCUACCGGGCCACGACUUUCUAGUGCGCCUUCUCUAUUCCUAUUCUCAGUCAGAUGCUUCAAUUUAUCUGCUCAGCGCAUUGGCCUGUCUCGUACUCGUCGCAUAUGCUGGACCGAUACUCUGGAACAAAAUCCAAUCCUUCCUCCUUUUUUUUGCGGCUUCGGGGGAGAUCAGGUAUAAUGAUCCUCUGUAUGAUGAUGCUAUGCACUGGGUCUCGAAACACCCUUCCCUGAGAAAUGCAAGGCACUUUAGCAUUACUCUGAAGACCGGCUUUACCUCUCCAUGGCAUAGAGAGGAUGCAGCAACUAGUGACAACACAGCUACCACUCACAAAGAUAUAACAAGAUUUAACGACGAUCCAAGAGAUUUCUGGACCAAGUGGAGAGAGCUAAGCAGACAUCGACCGAUUUAUUAUUUGCCUGCAGCUUCUUGUCUUCACUGGUUCAUGUACAAAGGGCAUCUGUUUGGAUUACUUCGUCAGCCAUAUAAAGAUUCUGGUAAUCCAUGGUUUGACCACCGGGAGAAGCUGAUUAUCUUCUCCUGGAGUCAGCAUGCAAUCAGGCUUCUUGUGAAUGACAUACAGGAAGAUGCCAAGGAAAACAACAGUCACCGGAUACAAGUUUACCGGGGGUUGCAGGACGGGCAGAACAAAGAAUGGUGUAGUUUCUCAUCGAUAACCCCACGCCUCUUAUCAACCGUCGUUAUGGAUCCCAAGAUCAAAGCCAAUCUUAUCAGUGACCUGGCCAGAUACCUUAAUCCGGCGAUGAAAAAAUAUUGCGGAGAGCGUGGCAUUCCGUACCGACGAGGUUACCUCUUCCACGGCCCGCCAGGUACGGGGAAAUCAAGCCUGUGCCACACUCUUGCUAGUGUGGCCUGCCUUGAUAUCUAUACAGUCAGUCUCAGCUCCAAGACCAUGACCGGGGACCUCCUUCAUCGCUUAUUUGCAUCUCUUCCGAGCCACUGUAUCGUGGUUUUUGAGGAUGUUGAUCAAGCUGGUGUUGAAAAUCGCAGUGCGAGUAGCACAUCAAUACACUGCAAAGCCGCUAGUGAUGAUGAUGAUGAUGAUGAUGACGAAACCAAAUGCCUCGAUAUUCCAAAGCGCACCGAGAGCGCCGCGGGUGGUAUAACCCUUUCCGAUCUACUCAAUGUUAUUGACGGGAUAUCCGCCCGAGAAGGCCGUAUCUUAAUCAUGACUACGAACAAACCCGAGGAUUUGGACGAGGCUCUUAAACGCCCAGGCCGUGUAGACUUACAAAUCCGCUUUGACUUCGUGAAUACGCACGCUGCCAAAGAACUGUUUCUCAUACCCUAUGUCGAAUGUCCAACCGAAGACUUUAUCGUCGAUCCAGAAACGAUGGAAAUCCGCUGUUCAUUGAAACCUGUUAUCAAAGAUUUGACUCUUGAAAGACUGGCUGGUCUAGCAGAUUCCUUCGCACGGAAAAUUACCGUGGGAAAGUACUCUUCUGCGCAGCUUCAAGGAUACCUGAUGCAGUUCAAAGGCGAUCCCGUGUCCGCCGAACGUAACGUGGAAGACUGGAUGCAGCGAAUGGAUGCAGAGAAAGCAGGAGAUAUGUUGCCUUGA